AUUUCAGUGUUCAUAAUGAAUAAUUCAGGAAUGAAUUCAGCCACCCCAGGUGUGCGACAGGUGCCGCUGCUGGAUGACGACACCAUAGCGUUUGGGGAGGAGGACAAUGCUGGCAAGAAGUUUGUGCACCCGUACAUUGUAUUCUUCCACCUGGUAUUCCGUGUGUCAGCCAUCGUUGUGUACAUACUGUGUGGCUGGUUCUCUGACUCAUUCAUAGCUAGCUUUGUGAUGGUGGUGCUCUUGUUAUCAGCCGACUUCUGGACUGUAAAGAAUAUUACUGGACGAUUACUUGUAGGAUUAAGAUGGUGGAACUAUGUAGAUGAUGACGGCAAAUCACACUGGGUGUAUGAAUCUAAGCAGAACCGCGUGAGCGCAAACGAAAGCCGACUGUUCUGGAUGGGGUUGGUCCUGUGUCCAAUAAUCUGGGCAAUAUUCUUUAUCUUCUGUGUCUUCGGACUCUCGUUUAAGUGGAUGCUGCUAGUUCUGAUUGCGCUGACCCUGAACGGUGCGAACCUGCACGGCUACAUCAAAUGCAAGUACGGAGCUAAAGAGAACCUUAAGUCUGCCACAGCCGACUUCGUGCGCAAGCAGAUCUUCCAGAACGCUUCUAACUUCAUGUUCCCCCAACCUGCACCGCCUACUACAGGGAACACCGGGGUUAUAUAAGAAAAAUAGUUACGUUGUUUACUAUAAUAAUUGUUGUCAAGACUCAUGUAAAGGUUCGUCAUUAAGGGGUUUAUUUAUUCUCUAUUAACUAUCUACUCAGAAACUAAG